UAAAGGGCUGCUGACGGAUGAUGUUUUGAAGUGGGUAGAAGCCAAAUGUGUUAUUUUUGUGAUGAGUGUUCGUGUCAUUUUUAAGAAUGCCAAUCCAGGCGCCCCAAUGGACCGACUACCGGAACUGUCCGGUCUGCCGGCGGGAGUUCGGUGCUCCGCCGCAAAGCCCCGUGAGCCUCGGCUGUGGGCACACGCUCUGUAGGCACUGCCUGAAGCAUCUACAUAAGAAACAAUGUCCAUUCGACCAGACAGUAAUCCAAGUGGAGCCAGACGAGCUGGUGGUGAACACGGCCCUCCUCCAGCUGGCCGGCUACCCGCCCCCCUCCCAGCCGCACCACCCCCCCUGCAUAGCGGCGCUGUGCGAACGCGACCGGCGCGCGUACGACUCCGUCGUGCGCUGCAUGGAGAGCCUGGCCGUCGUGCUCAAGUACUCGCCUAGCGUAUCGAACAACACCGUAGCCGGUCGCCUCUCCCGUCCGAUGCAGCGUAAACUAGUGACGCUGUUACAAUGUUGCGUCAUAGACGAGGAGGGGCGGGGGCGGUGCGCGCGGGCGGCGCGGUCGCUCGGCGAGAGGAGCGUCACCGAACUCAUACUGCAACACCAAAACCCACAACAACUAAGUGCCAACCUAUGGGCCGCCGUGCGAGCGAGGGGCUGCCAGUUCCUUGGGCCCGCCAUGCAAGAAGAGGUCCUGAAGUUAGUCCUACUGGCCCUUGAAGACGGAUCAGCACUGUCCAGAAAGGUGUUGGUGAUGUUCGUCGUCCAAAGGCUGGAGCCCCAGUUCCCUCAGGCCUCCAAAACUAGCAUCGGGCACGUUGUUCAACUGCUGUACCGCGCGUCGUGUUUCAAGGUCUCAAAACGCGAGUCGGACUCGUCCCUAAUGCAACUGAAAGAGGAAUUCCGCACUUACGAGUCUCUUCGCCGGGAGCAUGACGCGCAAAUAGUCCAGAUAGCCACGGAGGCUGGCCUCAGAAUAGCCCCGGAUCAAUGGAGUGCGCUUUUGUAUGGAGACACGGCGCAUAAGAGUCAUAUGCAGAGCAUUAUAGACAAGCUCCAAACCCCUCAGUCCUUCGCGCAGUCAGUCCAAGAGUUGUUCAUAGCUCUCCAGCGCACCGGGGACCCUCAACAGCUGGUCGUGAUGAGCAUGCACCUGGACCGGCUCGCGGCCAUAGAUGCCAGUCCAGAUGCGAAAAGCCCCUCUUGGCAGCAGCUAGCUGAAGUGAUGACGUCCCUCAAAGAAGUCGUGUCCGGGCUCCUACAUUAUCUACAGCGGAGCACCUUCCACAAUCAGAAGCCUCCAGAGCCCUCUACUAGUCAACCCUCCCCCCAAGCGGCCGCCACGACCCCCACCCACUCCAAAUACAAAGUGUCGAUGUGCCGCGACGCAGCGGCCCGCUCGUUUUGCCCGCGCGGCAACGCCUGCACAUUUGCCCACUCCGAGGAGGAACUGGAAAGGUACCGUGCCUAUCUCAGCUCCGCGUUGGGCACAAACGGGAAUGCACUGUUCCUAGCGCCGGCCGCGAUGCCUCCCGCGCCCCCCGCGCCUGUUUACCCGCCGUACCACCCCGCGCCAUACGUGCCUGCUAUGCCGUCGAUCCCGCCUCAAGGCUUGCAGCCUGAAAUCCUGUCCAACGCGGAGUUUAACCAAGACAACGCGCAUGUGGAGCCCGGGCAGCCUUCAAACUUCAACCACAUGCAGCAACAUAUGAUGUUACCCGACACCCAGUACUACCGGCGCGUGUUACCCUCCGAGUGCCGCGGGUACCCGCCCGUGUACCGGGCCGGGUACCCCGAGCUGUUCGACAACGCCAACUACGAGCAGAGAGAGCUGCCCCCGGAACCGCGUCCGGAUUUCCGGAUGGACUCCAACUAUGUGCUGGUGAACAGGGAGCAGAGGAGGCUCGACCAAACAUGGCCGCCGGUCAACGAGGCUUUCUUCGAUGGCGUUACUAACGUGAUGCAGCCGUUCGUAAACAACACGGAAGAUAUGUUCGGUCCGGGAGACCGCAGGACGGUGGGCGUGGACCGCCUCGCCGCAGAGCGGAGCGCCACCGCCUACUGCCGCGCAGACGAAGAGUUGGAAGAAGAGCUGGAAGCCCUCGCUCGUCGCAUCGACACGGAGUUCAAAAGCGCCGACUAAUUAACUAUACAUGUUAGUACCACAGUAACACUAGACUACGGUCCGUAUACUAGUGACUCUUAUAAUACUUUGUUAGCACCUUAUAGUACCACUAAAGUCUAAAGUGUAACCCCAUUAUUCAUAAACUCACUAAAGUUAUCAAGCCGGUAAUAGUUAUUUGUUAUACAAGGGGGCAAAGUUGUAUUUUAACGCCGAGUGUGAAAUUGAAAAACGAGCAAGUGAAAGGAUUCUAUAGUCUCUAAUCUCGCUUCGCUCAUGGUUCGAGAAUAGAAUCCUGAACUUAGCGAGUUUUUAACACACGAGAAGUAAAAUACAUUUGCACCCGAGUGUAACGCAAAACUUUUCCCCUCACUAUAGCGAGGAAACUACA